AUGGAAAAACUAUUCAGAAACCAAAAGUUGAACGUUAGUGUAAGAAUUAUCGAAAGCGGUGAGGAGGUACUAUUUUACGCAAAAGAUGUGGCGGAAUCCCUAGGGUACUCAAAUACAAAGAAGGCCAUUCAGGUUAAUGUAUGGAAGAAAAAUAAGGUAACACUUAGGGAACUUAAGGGUGGGACCCUCAAGGGUCCCACCUUCAAUUACCAGCCAAACUGUGUUUUCCUAAGGGAACAGGGUCUGUACCAACUGAUAUUCAAAUCCAGACUUCCAAUAGCAGAGGCCUUCCAAGACUGGGUGGUAACGGACGUCCUCCCAUCUAUCCGUAAAACGGGAUCUUAUAAUUUACCAGAUAGAAGGUCACUUAGAUAUAACCAAAUAAUCCUUAUAAAUGAAACGGACCUUCAUUACGCAGUUGUGAGUUACAUCAGAGAUAACUACCCAGAGGCUGUAAUAUUACCUGGUCUAGGUGAGUAUCAGGACACUGUGUCAAAGAGAUGUGAUGCCUGGAAGAAGGGAUAUAAAGGUGGUCAACCAGAUCUUAUCAUAGAGAAUCCUAUGGGGAAGUAUAAAGGAUUUGCUAUUGAAUUUAAGUCCCCUAAGGGCACCGGAGUUAUAAGUGAGAAUCAGGAUAUAUGGUUUAGGAAAUUGAGGGGAAUAGGGUACAUGACAAUGGUAUCAGAUGAUCUGGUAAAGACUUGUAUUAGAAUCAAUGAGUACUUCUCACUUAAGAAGACUGUAAGGAAAGUUGUAGUGAAGAAUAUAGUUAGUGAUAUAAAUACGUAUAGACCAAGGUUUGAUUCAGGUAAGUACUAAUGACACUAGUGUCAUUUACGUAGCCUGCGGAGUAUUGAGACAUCUUACAAACAAAUUUAAGUUAUCUCACAAGUAAUCUCACCAGUAGAUUUAAGUUAUCUUGCAAGUAAAUUUGAGACAUCUCACAAGCAAAUUCAAGUUAUCUCACAAGUAUAAUUUGAGAUGUCUCAAAAGACUAAACCCAGUUAAACCUAAGGUAUCUUACAAGUAUUAUGGAAGAUAAACCUGAGCAAAUCCAAGCACAAGUAACAAGUGAGAAGAAGAAGGACCCGAAGAGAGUAGCGGCAGGAAAACGAUUAGCUGCAAUCAGUAAAAUAGCAAAGGAGAGGAAAAAGAAAUGAGUAUGAUUACCUAGUAUGAUUACCAGUAUGAUUACCUACAUAGGAGUGGCCAUCGCACUGGUAUCUCUAGUGCUAGCAUACAAGUCGCAUCAGAAGGAAACCAGGGAACAGGAACCCAAACACGUAACUGAGACUGUUGAGAUAACCAGGAAAGCUGAUGCUUCCAAGUUAGAUUCACUUGAAUGA